CCUUCUUAUCAAAGAGAAAAACGAAACGGGAAACGAAGGAUUCGAAGCCUCGUGAGCUCCGUCGGCUGUGACGAGCGCCUCUUCGGCACCGGCUACGGCGGUGGUCGCUCGGUGAAGAAGACGACGCCGCCGGUCCUCCCUCGCGCUCUCUCUCUCUCUCCCCGUCGCCCCGUCGUCGUCUCCGGCGGAGGAGCAUUCCGAUCGGUCGGGGCGGGGCGGGGCUUCGAUGGCCGCGACGGCGUCCACGUGCCUGCUGAGCGGGGGGCCGAGCCGGAGGGGCUCGAGCUUCCCGCGGCUCUUCGCGUCGCCCGCCUCUCACCGCCGGCUUCUCCCCGCUUCCUGCAAGAUGCGGCAGCGCAGCCUCAGUUCUCGGAGUAGGAGGCAGCAAGUAAAGAGGGCCUCGCAGGAUAGGCCGCCUUCGAUGGUUGUGAAUGGAGAGGGCGAAGACGAUGGUGCUCUGGCCGAGAGCGUGCACGGCGCUGAUCCGGAAAUCGUGUCGGAAUCCAAGGAAGACGAUGCUGACGGAGUCGUGAUCGAUGUGGAGAAUCAGAAUGCUGAUAGAAACGAAGCUUCGAGCAGUGCGGCGAUGGAGAUGAAUUUGGCCAUCAUCAAUGAUACGGGACAGCAGCUAUCCGGUAUUCAAGUGGAGGAUCUGAUGGGCAUGAUAAAAAAUGCGGAAAAGAAUAUUCUACUCCUCAACCAAGCUAGGGUGAGUGCACUUAAAGAUCUUGAUAACAUUCUCUCUGAGAAGGAAGCAUUGCAAGGAGAAAUUAACAAUUUGGAGAUGAAGUUAGCAGAAACUGAUGCACGAAUAAGAGUUGCUGCCCAAGAAAAGAUGCAUGCAGAACUUUUAGAAGAUCAAUUAGAGAAGCUGCGGAAUGAAUUGAUACAAAGAGGUGGAAUUGAACGAAGUGAGCUUGGCAUUGAAACAAAUGAGCUUGGCAAUUAUGAAAUUCAGAACAACCAAUUGAUUGCAGAAAAGCCUUUAUCGUAUCACAGUAGCACUCAUUUCAUUAAUGAGGAGCUUAGUUCCCUGAGGGAAGAGAACGUCUCUCUAAAAAAUGACAUCGAAGCCCUUAAGGCAGAGCUUAAUAGUGUUAAGGACACAGAUGAGCGUGUGAUGGUGCUGGAAAAACAAAGGUUCCACCUUGAGUCAGCUCUAAAGGAUCUAGAAUCUAAACUUUCAGUUUCUCAGGAAGAUGUUUCCAAGCUUUCGUCUUUAAAGUUUGAGCACAAGGACCUAUGGGAGAAGGUAGAAACGUUGCAACUGUUGCUCGAUAAGGCCACCAAACAGGCUGAUCAAGCUAUUUUAGGGUUACAGCAAAACCAGGAACUGCGGAAGAAGGUUGAUAAGUUGGAACAGUCUUUGGAAGAAGCCAAUGUCUACAAGGUGUCAUCGGAAAAAUUGCAGCAAUAUAAUGAACUGAUGCAGCAAAAGAUUAAGCUGUUAGAGGAGCGUCUUCAGAGGUCGGAUGAAGAGAUUCAUUCUUAUGUUCAGUUAUAUCAAGAAUCUGUGAAGGAAUUUCAAGAUACUCUUAAUAGCUUGAAAGAGAAAAGCAAGAAAAGGAUGCUCGAUGAACCAGUGGAUGAUAUGCCACGUGAAUUUUGGAGCCGUUUAUUGUUGAAGUUUGAUGGUUGGUUGCUUGAGAAGAAAUUAUCCACUGAUGAUGCUAAGAUUUUGAGAGAAAUGGUGUGGAGUAGGGAUAGACGCAUUUAUGAUGCAUACAUGGCAUGCAAAGACAAAAGUGAACGCGAGGCCAUGGCCACCUUUUUAAGACUCAUAUCAGCACCCUCGAGCCCAGGAUUGUAUGUCGUUCAUAUAGCUGCAGAGCUGGCACCUGUUGCUAAGGUUGGUGGGUUGGGGGAUGUCUUGACCGGUCUUAGCAAGGCACUCCAGAAGAGAGGACACCUUGUGGAGAUUAUUCUUCCCAAAUAUGACUGCAUGCAAUAUGAACGCAUGCAGGACCUGAGGGCCUUAGAUGCUGUUGUAGAAUCUUAUUUUGAUGGCAGACUGUACAAAAACAAAGUCUGGGUCGGCACAGUCGAAGGCCUUCCCGUUUAUUUUAUUGAGCCUCUUCAUCCCGAUAAGUUAUUCUGGAGAGGACAAUUAUACGGAGAGCAUGAUGAUUUCAAGCGGUUUUCAUUUUUCAGUCGCGCAGCAUUGGAGUUGCUUCUUCAAUCUGGCAAGAAACCUGACAUUAUCCAUUGCCACGAUUGGCAAACAGCUUUUGUUGCACCACUGUACUGGGAUUUGUAUGCUCCAAAAGGCUUGAAUUCUGCAAGAAUUUGCUUUACAUGCCACAACUUUGAGUAUCAAGGGACUGCACCUGCUUCGGAAUUGGCAUCAUGUGGUCUCGAUGUUCAAGAACUAAACAGGCCAGAUAGAAUGCAGGACAACUUGGCACUUGAUAGGGUCAAUCCUGUAAAGGGUGCGGUUGUCUUUUCCAAUAUCGUCACAACAGUAUCUCCAACUUAUGCACAGGAGGUCAGGACAGCUGAGGGUGGAAAAGGUCUGCAUUCAACACUGAAUCUCCAUAGUAAAAAGUUUGUCGGAAUUCUUAAUGGCAUUGACACAGAUGCAUGGAAUCCUGCAACUGAUGCUUUCCUUGAAGUCCAGUACAGUUCUAAUGAUCUUCAAGGCAAAGCAGAAAAUAAAAGAGCAAUAAGAAGGCAACUGGGGCUCUCUUCUGCGAAUGCCUGGAAACCAAUGGUGGGCUGCAUAACAAGACUGGUGCCACAAAAGGGUGUACAUCUUAUUAGGCAUGCUUUGUUCCAAACACUGGAGCUUGGAGGGCAGUUUCUACUACUUGGUUCAAGCCCUGUGCCACAUAUUCAGAGGGAGUUUGAGGGUAUUGCGAACCAAUUCGAAAAUCAUGAUGACAUUCGGCUGAUAUUGAAGUACGACGAGUCUCUUUCCCAUCGCAUUUAUGCAGCAUGUGAUAUGUUCAUCAUUCCAUCAAUCUUUGAGCCUUGUGGUCUCACCCAGAUGAUAGCAAUGAGGUAUGGAUCAAUACCCAUUGCAAGAAAAACGGGUGGACUAAAUGACAGCAUUUUUGAUGUAGAUGAUGAUACAAUACCUAUCCAGUUUCGAAAUGGAUUUACAUUCUUGAAUGCCGAUGAACAGGGACUGAACGGUGCUUUGGAACGUGCAUUCACCCACUACAACAAUAACGGGGAGAGCUGGCAGCAGCUAGUUCACAAGGUCAUGAACAUUGAGUUCAGUUGGGAUCCUUCAGCGUCACAAUACGAGGAACUCUACUCAAAAUCUGUGGCAAGAGCGAGGGCAGCACGGCAAACUUAAGUUUUCUCGACGAUGGUUUGCGAUGGAGCAAGUGCUUGUUGGGUCAAGCCGAGUAUAUUCCAUGACAUCACGGUCUUCUACAUGGUGGGUGCAGGAUAAACUUCAAUUAACAGGGUGGACAGUCAGAGAAACCUAGAUAGCAAUCUUGCACGGCGCCAAAUGGAUUGUUCAUCCUCGCUCUCAUCAUAUCGGGAGCUCUUCUUGAUGCCUAUAGUGUUCUCUCAUCAUUUUUUAUAAAACAGUGCCGUUCAUUGGCUUAUACUUGCAGCUCACUGUAGCCUAUUCGAAUUAGGUUCAUAUUCUUUAAAUUAUUCUUCCACUCACUAUAUAACGGAGCGACUGAUGCCCGCGGCGCUUCUUUUAAGCUUUGAGAUCGGCCCCAAAGAGAUGGUUGUAUAAUAAAAUGAACAGUUACAUGUA